CAAGAAACCAUAUAAGCUUCGAACUAGAAGUGUAGGCCCACUUUUUGAUCACUUUGGGUGCAUGCUGUGAUUAUGUCGAUCACACUCUUUAACGGGCACUAAUCGAGUACAUUUCUCUCUUGUUCCUCCACAGAGACUGCGAGUGAGAGAUGCUCAAUGAACUGGUACAUGUUGAGUAAAAGGGUUUAGUGUCGAGCGAGAAUAGAGACCUGCGAAGGCCUCAGUGGUCCACUUUCUAUCGACUGGUUCGACGAUGUUUUGUUAUGCUUGUACGCACAAUUGAAGACGUCUGGUGCAGUGUGUGUUGUUUGUAGCUGGGGACCAUCAUUUAAGUCACUUAUCCGCCGCAGUAAAAGUUCUGCGGGUGAAUACGGUGACUGUCGUUUUGUGCGAGUUCAGGGUUACUGUUCUUGCAAUCUUAUUGUACCAGCAAACUCUGGAGUUCUUCAAUUGGCUUACCUUUAUUUGCAAGUCACUAAGUGAGAACAAAGCUUGCCAGUAUUCAGACAGACUUAGUUCGCGCAUUAGUAUGGUGUAACUGUUCAGGGUUUGGCAACCAUCCAAUAUUCUAUCCAUUUUCGUUGCCUACUGUUUGGAGAAUUGCUGAGUGCGUUUGGAGUGAUGGGAACAAGGCUCAUGUCCCUACUUUUCACGGAACAAGAGCACUUGAACAGCUUAUCCUUGUGGAGAGGAAACAUCAUGCAUGAGGCAGACGUCGAAGGAGGAGGGGAAGGUCCAUACUGUAGACCGAAACUGCCUUUCACCACAACAGUCCCAGCAGGAUUCUCGGGAGGUGCAAUUACAAGUGAGCAGUGGCCACCGCGAUCCUACUCCUGCAAUUUCUGCAAACGCGAGUUUCGCACGGCGCAAGGCCUGGGAGGCCACAUGAACGUGCACAGACGAGAGAGGGCUCAAGCAAACCAACUGUCCAUCUUGACGAACUACAACGAAGGAUUGCCUCCCAUUCCGACAAACUCCUGGGAAGUGAUGAAAAUAGAUUGGGCACGAGGUUACUACAACCAGGAAGUACCAUCCAAGCAUGCAUCCUCUUCAUCUCCCAACCCUUCACUUCACGGGAGAUUUCACUCUCCUGAUAAUCCCGAAGAUUCUAUUGACCUAGAGCUUCGACUCGGACAGAGAUCUUACUGCAUCACAUGAACGUCUAAUCUGUCUAGCUCACUGGUGCAGAUGUUGGACUAGAUGCAGAUAUUAUAUUAUCUAGAGGUAGCGCAUGUCUAGAUUUUUAUAUUCUGAUCUUAGGAAGGAAGACGUUAUAGCUUUACAUGGUGUAAACCACCUCUGCUGUGAUCCAAACCAAUGACUUAGACAUCACUAUUGUCGUGUUUAUAUAAUUGACGUAUCAGCCAAUGCGUAGAAUGAGCUUGUAAACUGUGGGAGAAUAUUUUAAUCAUUGUAGCGUCCACUAGCUCUGCGUUGGAACUGGUGCUGCUGCGUGUCUUGCAGUUUGGAA